AUGAAAGCCCAAUUCCUGGCUCUCACAAACCAAAUAAUCCUACUAGCUGAGCUGAUCCCUAGUUGUGGAUUCAUUGCAAAUAGCCUAGCAAUCAUGACAGAUGCACUUCAUAUGUUAACCGACCUAAGUGCCAUCAUACUGACCCUGCUUGCUUUGUGGCUGUCUUCAAAAUCACCAACCAAAAGAUUCACCUUUGGAUUUCAUCACUUAGAGGUUUUGUCAGCUAUGAUUAGUGUGCUAUUGGUGUAUAUACUUAUGGGAUUCCUCUUAUAUGAAGCUGUGCAAAGAACUAUCCAUAUGGACUAUGAAAUAAAUGGAGAUAUAAUGCUCAUUACAGCAGCCGUUGGAGUUGCAGUUAAUGUGAUAAUGGGCUUUCUGUUGAGCCAGUCUGGUCACCAUCACUCCCAUUCCCACUCCCAGACUUCAAAUUCUCCUACCACAGGUUCUGGACAUGGACACAGCCAUGGGCAGGGUAGCCUAGCUGUGAGAGCUGCAUUCGUACAUGCCUUGGGAGAUUUGGUACAGAGUGUUGGUGUGCUAAUAGCUGCAUAUAUCAUACGAUUCAAGCCAGAAUACAAGAUUGCCGAUCCCAUCUGUACAUAUGUAUUUUCAUUACUUGUGGCUUUUACAACAUUUCGAAUCAUAUGGGACACAGUAGUUAUAAUACUGGAAGGUGUACCAAGCCAUUUAAAUGUAGACUAUAUCAAAGAAGCCUUGAUGAAAAUAGAAGAUGUUUAUGCAGUGGAAGAUUUAAAUAUCUGGUCUCUCACUUCAGGAAAAUCUACUGCCAUAGUUCACAUACAGCUAAUUCCUGGAAGUUCAUCUAAAUGGGAAGAAGUACAGUCCAAAGCAAAGCAUUUAUUAUUGAACACAUUUGGCAUGUAUAAAUGUACUAUUCAGCUGCAGAGUUACAGACAAGAAGUGGACAGAACUUGUGAAAAUUGUCAGCAUUUCAGUCCCUGAUUUCAUAUGUUUGGAGGACCACUGCCUUAUUUAUCCUGCAGUUUCAGACUUGAGAGCAAUAAUUGCAAACCUAAGUGAGAAAGUGGACUCCCCGACAGCUGUAUCUGUAUCAAGCACCAGAUUCUAAAAACAGUCCCUCCAGCCUGACAGUGCUAGUCUCUUUUUAAUGGUAAAAUGAGACUUAACCAUGAUUUUCAGAUGAAGAUGUUUCCAAAACACUGUUUACAGAAUGAGAAGUGACUCUACAGAUACCUCAUAGAAGACAAUCCAAGACCAUACUUCAUUAAUUAUGGCAAAAUACAUGUCUUAAAGGAAGCAUCAAGAAUUCAGUAUUUGCUUUUAAAAAAAACUUUUUAAAGGCCAUUUUAUAUCAAGCCAGUGCUGGAAAACUGAGUUUCUUUUUUUUCUUUUUCUUUUUUUUUUAAUUAUGUAAUCUUAACACCCAGCUUCUGGAAUUUGCUGCUCUGUUUUUACAGAAAUUUUUUCUCAAAUAUUUCAGAAAGUACUGGUAAUUAUCCAGAGAGGAAUAAGCAUGCAUUCCCAAGUGUUUCGGGUAUGUUUUAUUUCACAAGUAAGUCUUAAUGUCAUUGUUAUAGUUAUACUUUAUAAACAACUUUUUCCAGACAUUACAGGAUUUUGAAUCUCAAAGUUAAUGUUUCUGAUUAUUUGUAAUCUUCUCAGAACCAAAUCCUUACAUAUUGUGGUCACUUUCAUUAAAUUAGUUAGGAAAUAUUUUCAAUAUUAUUCUGAAUGGCAGAAGUUAGUCUUAAACUUAAAUUACUGUAUGAUUAUUAAAAACAAAAUAAAAGAG